CUGUCGCUCCUGACGCCUCACCUCUUUAAAAGCAAGGCCCUGAUGCAGAGGGCUUUUUGUUUGUCUGUUUUUGUUUUGUGUUUGGAUGCCCUCGAACCCAGUGAGAUCGCUGUGGGGGGAGAGGCGAGUGCCACCGCGCCCGGCUACUUGGGUGCAGAUCCCUACAGCCAUCCUUAAACGUGGCAAAGCAACGCUUCCAACGGGCUCUCCUUCUUCCAAGAAAAGUCACUCUAGCUGCUGCCAUGAAGGUGAAAAUUAAGUGCUGGAAUGGUGUGGCUACUUGGCUCUGGGUAGCCAACGAUGAGAACUGCGGCAUCUGCAGGAUGGCGUUUAAUGGCUGCUGUCCGGACUGUAAGGUGCCCGGCGACGACUGCCCCCUGGUGUGGGGCCAGUGCUCACACUGCUUCCACAUGCACUGCAUCCUCAAGUGGCUGAACGCGCAGCAGGCGCAGCAGCACUGCCCCAUGUGUCGCCAGGAGUGGAAGUUCAAGGAGUGACGCCCGCGCCGCGCCGCGCCGCGCCGCGCCCCUCUCCCAGCACUGUGCUAGGCCCAGCGCCUUCCCUGCCCAUCACCACAUACGGCAUCCGAGUCCCCAUCGCACAGUGGCACCCAGCGACCUGUCUCUGUACUGCAGACAAGGAUGCUUUUUGUUCGGCUGAGACAAGGUUGAAACAAGGACUGGAGCUUCACUUGUUCUUUUGUUUUUCCAUCACAUCAUUGACAUUUUUAUUCAAUAAGUAAAACUCAUUAAAGUUGUGAGCCUUGC